AUGUCAUCUCCUCCCAUCCCCAAGCUCCUCCGCGAGUCGAGCGACCUCACCAUCACCUCCGCCUCAACCCCCAGCACAACCACCUCCACUACCACCAUCAUUCCGACAAAUCAUGUAACCUACACCCGCGCCCACCGGAAACCAUCCACCAAGCUCACCACCCUCCUCAAUCCCUUCCGCAAAUGCACCUCCCGACAAAAACAAAAAGCAAGACGAAAACACAACUACAACUUCCAAUUAUCUCACCAACCUCUCUUCCGGAACUCCCUCCUCGCGGGUGUCGGCUUCCUCGAGCUCGCCAACGCAGCCGACUUCGCCGCCAAUGUGUGGAACCAGAUCCCCGUCCCGAAAUACGCGAUGGUUUUCAUGGCCAUUGGUGGACCAAUCGCCCUGCUUAUUACCCUAGUGGCAGCGAGGGACUUUUACCUCAGCUACACGAACGUGCAGCUCCUCCUGAAAGAGCGGCGGUAUCUGCGCGAGCUACUCGACUCUAUUACUACCACCACCAACACCACCACAACAAGAACAAACACAACAACAACACAAAACACAACAACAACACAAAACACAACAACAACACAAAACACAACAACAACACAAAACACAACCACUCACACACAAGCGGAGCUAUUACUAAGAAGCAGACUCAGCGUAAACUUCCGCGAACUCGGCACCGAAAUCGUCGACCGGAUCCUAAUGGACGCGCUAAUGGGAUUCGGCGCGCUUCUCGUCGGCACCGGAACCAUCAUGGCGAUCUUCGGCGCGAAUCAUCACGUCUACGUCGCCAGCAACCUGCUCAGCGGAUACAUCGGCAAUGGAUUAGCCGCAGUGUUUGGACUCGUUAAUGCAAUCUGGUCGGUGUAUCUGGUGGGUAGGUUCCAGAUUUGUUGGAGAAGUUGCCAGAACAUUACCAACACAUCCACAAAUACUACUGCUGCUGCAACACGAGAGGGUAAUAGUAAUAUUCCUGGAGACGAAGAAGACACUGGUAUCGAAGAAGUUCGAAUGUACCACCACCCACUGAAACUCCGCUUCCGCAGUCUACAAUUCCAUGCCCUCGUCAACGGGAUAAAUGGCCUUGUGGCCGGCGCGGCGAGCAUGGUUACCGCCACGAUGUGGUAUGGGUAUGUCGUGUUGGUGCCGUGUAUUGUGAGUUUGAUUGCGUGUAAUUGGUUUUGGAGGGUUAGGGUGGGAUAUGAUCGACCGUUGUUGUCGUCGAGUACUACGUCUGCUUCGUUGUUGUUGUUGUCGUCGUCGUCUACUGCGGAGAGGCGCGGUGGUGGUGGUACAGCUACCCCUACUACCACUACCAAUGGAGGUGGAGGAAAUGGCAAUGAAAAAUCCGACCUCCUCCUCGACCUCAGCAGCGCAACACAUCUCCACCGCAUGCUUGCAUCAUCAUCAUCCACAAACAAAGACAGUGGGAUACAACUCCCCCGCCACAUCCUCAACCGCACAAACCCCUCAUCCGUCAUGUCCUUCCUCACCCGGAAUGGCAUGUUCGAGGGCUUCUGCGUCUGGAUCGAUCAUGAUAAAUCCCUGGAAAGGGGCGUGGAGGAUUUACUUGAUCUUGACUCUAUUAUAACAUCCACAUCUGCUUCUUCCCCCGGAGGGAAGAAGAAUAACGCUAACAACACCAACAACAAUAACGAAAAAUCAACCGAGGAAAAAAAUAAUAAUGUUGAUGAAGAAGAAAAAGAAAAAGAAGAAGAAGAAGAAGAAGUGGAACUCUCCCUCACAGCGGACGACUUCCUCACCCUAGCCCGACACGACACCGACAUCCUCCUCCGGAAAAUGAACGAGUAUUUGGAUGAGAAUGUAGUCCGGGCUGUGGCGUAUCGAGAGAGGUUUCUGUUGGAGGUGUUAGGGGUGGUUGUUUAUUUGGAGUCGAUUCCGAAGGAUGUGGAUGAGGUGGAGAGGAAGAGGAGGUGGUGGUUUGGGUGUUUAUAA